UUUAAUUAAUUUUAUUUUUUGGUCACAAUCUUUUUUCAUAAUAUAUAUGUUUGGCAAAAUCUUAGUUUCAAAUCUUCCAAAAUAAACAUGGAAUUGAAGAACAUGGUUGCUCUUGUUUCCCGUACCGGCAGACAAAUGCAGCGUUACAACUUCCAUGGUGACCGCCAAGUUGUUGGAUGUAUUCCGUACAGAUACAAAGACACGUGCGAGACAACGACGUCGUUUCCGGUGGAUGAGGAAGAAAUUGAAGUUCUUGUUAUCACUUCACAGAGAAAAGGAAAAGGGGUUUUAUUUCCAAAGGGAGGGUGGGAAAACGACGAAUCUAUUGAAGAUGCUGCCUUGCGUGAAACUGUGGAGGAGGCAGGGGUUGUAGGCGAUGUUCAGCAUAAAUUGGGUAAAUGGAAUUUCAAGAACAAAAGCAAUGACACUGGCUACGAGAGUCAUAUGUUUCCGUUACUUGUUAAGGAGCAGCUCGAUUUCUGGCCGGAGAAAGACGUUCGUCAAAGAUUAUGGAUAAGUGUAGGAGAAGCUAGAAAGGUUUGUCAAUACUGGUGGAUGAAGGAAGCUUUAGAAUUACUAGUCAAUCGUCUCACAACGCAACCUAACGAAGCUAACGAAGAUAACGUUUCUCUUAGCCAGAGCAUGAAAUCUAAUUUGUAGUUUUAAAAAAAAACGAGAGACGAAAAAAAGCGACUUCAAAUCGAAGAAUUAAAAACGAGAGAAUGAUCAGUGUUGGCAAAGAGAUGUACACUGAUCUCGUUUCGUUUUUUUUUUUUUUUACCUUCGGAUUCUUGAAAGUCUUUGUAUAGCUUUUAAGCUCGUCGGAAAAUCUAGUUUAGUUUAUUAUUCCUGAACUCCAAGCAGAACUUUUUUUUUUUUUUAAUAUGUAUGAGGAAAUUGUUUAAACAGCCUCUUUCUAUUUAAUUCCAUGGUGUUCUUGAUUA